AUAGUCAUUAGUAUUAAAUACAUUUAACUGUCAACUGUCAGUGUAUUCGGGAUAUUUAACUUAAAUGAUCUCAGCUAACAGUAACUGAGGUUAUCAGCACCGUUAACUAGUCCAGUAGAUUUAAGGUCCUUCUCCAACAUGUCGACAGUUCAGGAGCUUCUGUCCUUCUGUUUCUGUCUGCUGACUUUGUCUGGAAUAACACUUGGACUUCCAAAUGGGUCGGGUGUCGUCAGAGUGGUUGUGAAAGAAGGGAGUGACGCCAUUUUACCCUGUUCCCUCAGCAACAAGCAGAACGCUGAGUCAGAACUCUUUGACUGGAAGAAAGAUGGUCAGAAGGAGGUUUUCUUUUAUGAUGCAGGCCUUCAUUCUAAUAACAGCCGUCCAGGUCAAGAUCAGCAGUUCAAAGGUCGCGUCUCACAUUUUCAAGAUGAGCUGAAGUACGGCAACGCCUCCAUCAUCAUCAGAAAUACGAAGGUGACCGACAGAGGAAACUACACCUGUGAUUUUCCACGUCUUCAGCCAAGACAGAUAUUCAACAUUCAGCUUGUUGUUGUUGGAGCAUCUCCAGAGCCGUAUGUCACAAAACUCCAUCAAACAAAGGACUGGGUCCUGCUGCUGUGUGAAGUUCGAGGUGCUUCUCCAAAACUUACAGUAGAGUGGCAGGACAGUGCUGGAAACAAACUUCCUGCUGAGGAGCCACAGGUCUCAGAAAGAGGAGGCAGCUUCUACAUCACCCUCCUAACUACUGUGAUGAAGACCGACAACUAUCGCUGUGUAGCCACACAGGAGGAGAUCAAACAUCAGAUUUAUGCUGAGACCUACGUGUAUAUCAGCGAGAAACUGUUUGAGGACACGUGCAGCAGAGGAGUUGUCGCAGGAUUGUUUGGUGGAAUUUUUUUAGGAGCUGUAAUUGUUGCUGCUGUUCUAGCUUCACUUGUAGCUAAAAAGUUCAUCAAAAUAAGUCGUACUAAAGGUUCUCGUGAGAAACGGUUAUCAUUGAGAUCCUGCAGAGCUGCUGUCAAGGUGUGUGAGAAUCUAUAAACUGAAUCAUGUAUAUUAGUCUCACAGAUCUAAAUAAAUUGUAGGUGUUGGACCAACAGAAGACAGCAAUGAA